CGUGGGAGCUGACCCUGCUGUGAUUUGCUCUCCCAGACUUUCACAAAUACUCCUCUUGCCAGGUACCAGGACAAGCCCACUAUGAAAAACAAUCAAGAUACUGAAUUUGGAGGUGAUGUUGGCAUGGGAUACUAGAAAACGGAGCCAUUUAUAUCUUUAACAAUGUCCUCUGGACACCCAAGAUUUGAACACUACCCCUUAGCAAGAAGUACCGCUCAGGCUGGGGAGAUUUCUGACUUGGACCAGCAAGUGUGGAUCCUCCGUGGCCAGAGCCUUGUGACAGUUCCUCGGAAUAGCAAUGUGGCCCCAGUCACCAUCACUGUCCUUCCGUGCAAGUAUCCAGAGUCUCUUGAGCAGAACAAAGGGAUUCCCAUUUACAUGGGAAUCCAGAAUCCAGACAAAUGCAUGCUCUGUGAGGAAGUUGAUGGACAGCCCACAUUGCAGCUAAAGGAGGAGAAUAUUUUGGAUUUGUACAACCACCCUGAGCCCAAGAAGCCCUUCCUGUUUUACCACACCCAGACUGGUAGAACAUCUACCUUUGAGUCAGUGGCUUUCCCUGGCAGCUUCAUCGCCUCCUCCAAGAAUGGCCAGCCCAUCUUCCUCACAUCGGAACAGGGGGAGUCCUACAACACUAACUUCAAUUUACAAAUAGGGCCUUGAACUCAGCAUAAACCUAAAGGUUGAUUAAAAGUCUUUGUCUUAAAA